GACUGCAAAGAUUCCUAUAAAAGAAAACCCCCUUUUGCUUUUUUUGCCGUCACGCUCUGUAGUAGGGGAGUGUGCUAACUUUGGAGAGACUUCUGCCAAUUCCAGUUUCAGUGCUUCCAUCAAUUUUGAAGUACCCCAACAGGUAGAGUGUUUCGUUACUUGCUUUCAAAGACCAGAUGGAUUACACUUAUGCACCUGGGAAAAACCAUCUCUUUGUUCCGGGGCCCGUGAACAUCCCGGAGCCUGUGAUUCGGGCGAUGAACAGAAACAAUGAGGAUUACCGCUCACCUGCAGUGCCGGCCCUGACAAAGACACUUCUCGAGGACAUUAAAAAGAUCUUCAAGACGACAUCUGGGACCCCGUUUCUGAUUCCCACCACAGGUACUGGCGCGUGGGAAAGUGCGCUUACAAACACAUUAUCGCCUGGCGAUCGUAUCAUAUCUUUCCUGAUCGGGCAAUUUAGCCUGCUUUGGAUCGACCAACAGCAACGCCUCAACUUCAAUGUCGAUGUCGUGGAAAGUGAUUGGGGACAAGGCGCGAAUCUCGAUGUUCUGGCAUCGAAACUGGCAGAAGACAGGGGACAUACCAUUAAGGCUAUUUGCAUUGUUCACAAUGAGACUGCAACAGGAGUCACCAAUAACUUGGCAGCUGUGAGGAAACUGCUCGAUGAUUACAGGCAUCCUGCCCUGUUCCUUGUGGACGGAGUGUCAUCGAUAUGUGCACUUGAUUUCCGAAUGGAUGAAUGGGGGAUCGAUGUAGCUUUAACAGGCUCUCAGAAGGCUCUUUCUAUGCCUACUGGAAUGGGAAUUGUGUGUGCAAGUCCGAAAGCAAUGGAAGCAUCCAAGACUGCUAAAUCUGUUCGAGUAUUCUUCGACUGGAAGGAUUACUUGAAGUUUUAUAAUUUGGGAACUUUCUGGCCUUACACCCCUUCCAUCCAGCUGUUGUAUGGCCUGAGAACAGCUCUGGACCUCUUAUUUGAGGAAGGACUUGACAAUGUAUUUGCAAGGCACAGCCGUUUGGGGAAAGCUACAAGACUUGCUGUUGAGGCUUGGGGUUUGAAGAACUGCACACAAAAGGAGGAAUGGUUUAGUGACACUGUCACUGCAGUAGUUGUUCCACCUUACAUUGACAGUUCAGAAAUUGUUAGGAGAGCUUGGAAGAGAUACAACUUGAGCUUGGGUUUGGGCCUGAAUAAAGUAUCUGGGAAAGUAUUCAGGAUAGGCCAUCUCGGCAACCUUAAUGACCUGCAAUUGCUGGGUUGUCUGGCUGGUGUGGAGAUGGUACUCAAGGACGUUGGAUACCCGGUUAAGCUAGGAAGCGGAGUCGCAGCAGCUUGCGCUUAUAUGCAGAAUACCAUCCCAUUGAUCCCUUCAAGAAUAUAAUAUGAUUUGGUAUUGUUUCUCUUUUUAUGUUCUUGUUAUAAGCUUUGUAAAAAGGAUAAUCUCCUCUAUACUCUUUUGAGGCUUACUCUCUUCUUGUUAAAUACAUGCAUGCUCUUGUAUUUAAAAUCUCUUCAAUCAACCUUAGUUCCAACUCUAA